AUGUCGUCCAUUGAUAUGGUCGAACCUUUGGUUAAUAAAUUAGUUCAUACAACAGAUAAUACUCAUCAAGUACGAAGUACUCAACAUGUUCAGGACAGUCAAAUGAUAAAUGGUACACAACAAGCAUUACAUAAUUCACCUGUUCAAAGUGUCUUGCCAAUAUCUGAUACUCAACAAAUUUCAAUCACUACAGAAUCUACUCGUUAUGCACAGACACGCUUCCCAUUUCCUCCAUUUAUUAUUAGAUUUAAUGUUGGCAGAAUUACGUCGAAUCAAAUCAAGGAAGGUUUAGCCUCUCAUUGCAAUAAAAAAUUUCAAAUGGAAAUCAACAUUUUAAACUGUCGUUUAUCUAAUAGAAGCUCCAACAACGAAUAUGAUUUUCUUCUCUUCUUAAAAGAUGCUUCUUCGUUUUCUUUUCUAUUAGACACGAAUCAUUGGCCUAAUAUCUUCGGUAAUACGAAUUAUACGUUUCCGUAUUCUCCUUCUAUUCCACCACAGCUCUCAUUAAUUAUUAAAAACGUUGAUCUUCGACUUGAUUUCAAGGAUUUCAGUAAUGAAAUCAAAACAAAUUAUCCUCAAGUGAAAAAUGUAAUCAGACUGAAAAAUAAAUUUAACAAUGAGAUUAAAUUAGUUAAGCUUGAACUAUCUUCGGCUACUGUUCGUGAAGAACUUUUAUUAAAAAAGAAGAUUACUAUAGGUUAUAUUGUUUAUGAUAUUGAUGAAUAUUUAGCUCCAGCAAAUAUUUUAAUUUGUUCAAAAUGUAUGGGUUUAGGCCAUUUCAUGAAACAGUGUACCCAAAGAAAGAGUACAUGUAAAACUUGCGGCGAGUAUGUUGAUGACUUAAAGCUACACAUCUGCUCUAAUGUUGAAAAAUGUAUUCAUUGCGGACAAAAUCAUAAGUCAAAUUCUUUAAAAUGUCAAGUGGUUAAAUCAUUUAGAUCUGAAUUAACACGCAAACUUUUAUCAUCGAAUAAUUACUCAUCGACGUCUUCUUUAAAUAAGGUGAACAAUUCAAAUCAACCAAACUUUCAGUAUUUGAGUUCUGAUUUUCCACGAAUGUCUUUGCCUCAGCAUCUUCCAUCAAACAUUAACAAUAAUAUGUUAAAUAAAAUGGACGAUUUGUUAGGAAAAAUCACAGAGCUUAAUAAUCAUUUAACAAAUCUUGAAUUAAAAUAUAGUAAAUUCGAACAAUUUAUGAUAGAGAAGAACACAAGUGAUUUAUCGGUCAAGCAAAAUGUGAACUUAUUAUCUCAACAUUCUACCGAUUACAAAAAAAGAAUUGGUGCAUCAUAG